AUGAUGUCUGAGGCCUCAGACUUCAGCAACAUUCAAUACAGAUUGGUGAAGCUGGCACUCAGAAGUGAAGAUAAAGAUGCAUAUCAGCCAGAGCUCAGUAAGAGCAGUAAAGAUGAAGAUAAUAAGAAUAUCAGUAAUCUGGAUGAAUAUUCAGCAGAUGACACACCAGUUGUCAAUGUCCAGACUUCUGAUUCAGAAUAUGAACAUCUACAGGAAGAGUCCUGGCACAAGCAGUUCUAUCUACUAUUAUUUCUGCAUGAUCUGGAGUUCAUGAUACUAGAGCUGCACCAGUGCUCCCCACUUCAUCACUGGGGUCUGCUCUACUGCCAGUUCUACAACAUCAUCAAGAAGAUCUUUAUAGCUGGCAAGCAUUCCCCAUUUGCAAAUGAGAACCUGGACACAUUAGCUUUAAAUUCCAGACUGGUACAGAUCUGGCAGCAUAUUGAAAAGAUUAUCAGUUAUUCCUCUCUGGCCUUGCUGUAUGUGUACAUUCACAUCAAGCAAUGGUGCCAUGUCAUCAUUUCCAACUGCCACCAGUAA